AUGGCCCCGGAAGCCCCCGCCCCCGGAGGAAGUUUCCAGCGCCGCGGGCGCGCGCGCGGAGGACGGGCGGCGGCGUCAGACUCCAUCGACUCGUCGGGAGCGACACGAACCGGUCGAGGAAUGGGGACAGCGCCGCUGCCGGCUCUACUUUCUGACGCGUCGCCGCCGCCGCCGCCGCCAGGCCGCCGCCGCCUCUGCCGACCACGUGCUCUGCGUGAGCCCUGCGGAGAGAAGCAUCUCGCGGCGCUACGGGCUCCGCUGCUCCAGGCCGGGGCAACGUCUCUGACAAGGAUCCCUAAUCAGCAGUCUCGCACGAAAGAGUGUGGAUGUUUCACGUGUGUGAGAAGAAUCGGAACAUUCUCGUCACGCACGCCGAGGCGCUGGCCAAGCGAGUUGGACGAGCGCCGGCCAGGGAGGAGGAUCCGCCCUUUGGCGACCCCUGCCAAGUUACAUGACGUCCCUGACUGGCCUCAUCGCGCACCCGGAAGCAAGCGGCCGUCUUGCCCACCAGUGUUUCUGUUGCGCACCAGAGAAAGGGCUGUUUGUCUUCGCCUUCUUCGCUGGCUGUGGGAAGGAAGGCUCCGCGCGCACCGUACUUCCCGGACGUUGAGAAUCUCUUCGCACAAAGCUAACGAACGUCGCAUCAUUAUUCGCCCCGUUCCCAACACACGCUACAAGCACAAAGCAAGAAGACCACUGGCAAACUUGCUACCUUCGAUAGGUUGGUUGUCCAGCGCAAAUUAUACAAAUAAUGGAGCUUCUUCUCACUGCUCCCGACAAGUGCAUUCCAGAGGGAGCGAUUAA